CCCAGCCUGUACAGUUGGCGCCAGCUGUAGUCGGUGAUCAUGUGACGACAACACGCAGUAAACCAUCGAGCCUUCAGUUGGCCAAGUGCUGCAAGUGGUGCUAAAGCGAGGACAACACACCAGAACGGGUUCUUUAUGGGGAACUCCUGUCGUCUGAUGCUUUCGGUAUUUUAGAAGUCUUUAAGAUACCAUCAGACCAUUGGGCCUGGCUUCCAGGGGACUGUAUGAAGACAUCGGGCUGAAGCACCGCAGCCAGCGAGCCGCCGAUCACUCACACAGCCCGAGCUGACGUCGGCAGAGACCGCUGCAUGUUCUAGGAGAGGCCGAUGGCUGAUGGCUCUGAAGAUGGGGGAGCCCCAUGACCCGGAACACUCGGUGUGGCAUCACAUGUGAGGAUUCAUUUCUCUGAAUUGGGUCGAUCUGGGCAAGCAGCCCCCACAGGUCCACAAACCCUAUAUACACUUUGCACAAUGGAUGCUGUGCUGAAGUCAGAGAUCAGAGAGGAGGGGAGUGGCACCUCGGUAACGGUGGAGGGCCUCUCUAAGGCAGCACUAAUUAAAAGCCUCACUCCGAGGGUCAUGCUGUCAAACCAUCUUUUGCCCAAAGGGACCAAGAUGAAGGUGAACCUGGAGGACCAGGGUCGCCAAAAAGUGUCCUUCAGCUUCUCUCAGACGAAGAAGCCACCCCCAAGUGUGUUCUUCGUCUCACCGAGCCCCGAGAAGUCUCUAGCUGAAUCUUCUUCUGCCUUGACACUUGAAUCCUCGCCCCCUCAAGACAGAACUUUGCAGAUUUCAGAGAGCGUAAUGGAACUGCAGUCAACUACGGUGCCAACAUCAACAGCUGAGCCCCCUUCUCCUCCAAUGUCAGUUCCCUCACCCCCUAAACCCAAAAUGGACCUAGGAAAGAUUCACUUCAAGAAGCAGAUUCUCAGCAUCUCUGUAACUGAGGAGAAAACAAUGCCUAGCAAUGUGCCACAGGAGCCUAUUACCCCAGAACAACCAGUUAUAAUGCAAUCUUUGCAAAGCAGGGCAGAAGUGUCCUCACCCCAACUUAAGACUAUGAGCAUAGACAUGAGCAUUGAUUGCUUCUCUGAGAAUGUACAAACGAAAGCCUCUGUGAUAAGGGUACCUCCUAGCCCCAAUAAGCCUAUAGAAUCUUUUGGAAAGGACGGUGAGACUUCCAUUAUCAUUAAGAAGGAUGAUGGGGUACCCAAAAGGAAAACCAGGUCUCAAUCUGAAAGGGCUCCUGCAGGCUCAGAAUCAGAUGGCGAUGGCGCCAAAAUGUCUUCCAGCCACAAGAUAAUUGAACCCUCAUUUAAAACAAAAUCUGACAGUAGAAGCAAGGAAGAGAAAAAGUCUUCCUCUGGGUCAAAUAUGGAUGAAAAGGAAAGUUCCUCGAAACGCUCAGAGAACCACGAAGGCUCCUCAAGUUACUCCAAAUCAGAGCGUGACUCAAGGCACGCAUCAUCUCGGUCCUCCCGUUCAGAGAAGGAGCGCAGGAGGUCCAGGACUAAAUCAAGGUCAAGAUCCAGAGCAUCCAGGACAAGUUCAUCCCACUCACGAACUGAUCGAUCUAGAUGUGAUAGAGUAUCGAGAGCUGAUAGAUCAUACUAUCAUGAUUCUGAUCGCAGGUCACACAGGAGCCCACCGAGGAGAGAGAGGAGAUCCUCUCGAUCCCGCACUGACAGAAGUAGGGAUAGCUCAGACUCGGAUGAUGAUCACAGGAGGAAUCGAAACAGGAUAAAUGACUCUAGUAGAUCAUCUCUUCAUGCCAGCUUGCAAAAAGACUCAAAAUCAUCGUCAUCAUCAUCAUCUCACUCAAAAUCGGAGAAGGAUGCAAAAUCUGUAGAUUUUUCUCAGUCUGCAGAGACGGACAAAAAAUCUAGGUCUGUGAGGAGCGGAAAGAGAACCUCGGACUCUGAACCCCACUGUAAGCGCUCUCCUGAAGUGGACUCCAACCACCGGAAACCUGCCACGCAUCACAAAUCCCAGAGUAGUGCUAAAUCAACCUAUUUUAGUCAGUCUCAGACUUCUGAAAGAAGACGCCAGAAAAGCCCGUCCAGUGACUUUGAUGCAGAUCAGAAAGGGAAGACCCGCAUCUCUGACAGGAGCUCAGGCACUGAAAGUUCCUGUUUAACCUCCCAGAAGAUCGGUCAACAGGAGUCGAAAGACCCUUCCAAGUCCAAAUCAAAAAUGGCAGUAAUUGAUAGAAAAUCAAAAGAUACAUUUCACAGCCUUAAUAGGAUACAAACACUUCCAAGCACCACAGAAUCCUACUCCUUUAAUGAAAAAGAGUUGAGUGAUGCAUGUCAGGCAAAGGAACAAUAUAACAAGAGCUCAAAGGACAUAAUGUCCUUUCAGAAGGAUUUACCGGAACCAUCCUCCCAACAAUUGCAAGCAGUUAGUGUUGAAAUGGAAUUUCCUUCAAAUGAUGGUCGGACAAGUGCUAACCAAGGUGCCAUGGAUAUUGGUAAAGAAAGUCACAGUACUAACCAUGUACUGCAUGUGGACUCUAAUGCGAUUACCUCAAAUUCCUGCAGUAAUAAUAAUUCAUCAAUUGGGACAGCACUUGUUGCAGAAGACCUGCAACAGGGUGCCAUCUCGGAGGAUGUACAGCCAAAAAAAUAUGUCUCCAUCAACCUACAACCUGCCACAGGUUUGCCUGAAAUUUCACAUCUGAAGGCUGAAAAUCAGUUGUUACCUACAAGUGAACGACAACACCAAGAUCCACUUAAGAAGACCAGAAGUAGUGCAAAAAAGUCUCGCUGGGAUAUUGUUGGACAGGACACAUCUGACAGUGAUAAUUCUCAGAGGUUACCAUCUGCAGAUAUUAAACCUAGUGUUAAAAAGGUACCCUCUGUCAAUUUUUCUUCGAAGGAUGACAACCCGGAGGAGGGAGUUAAAAAGAAAGAAGGGACACAUUCCAUAGCGGCACAGAACCCAGACAGGACAAAGCAUGAUACUAUUUCUCAUAGCACAUCUUCUGCCAAGUGUUCCCUAAAAUACCAAAAUAAAAGAGAUACACGUCUCUCUGACUCAAAACAGUCUGUUGCUGAAAAACGGUGUGAGAAUCAUGAUACCUCAGAAAUAAAAAACACCACAAACAUGCAAGAUUUGCCCAGAAUUCUUGAAAGUCAUAACGCUCACAAGAGCACAUCAGUUAAUAGAGACUCUGUUCACGUUGGUGACUCUGGAGGACUCAGCAAUGCCAGUGAGAGUGAUGAUUCUGAGUCUGACUCUGAUAGUGGACAGGCAAUCAAACGGUUAAGCUCUAUAGUUGUCAUACCCCAGCAAUCUUCCAUAGCGCUUGAUCCGCUGGAUAAUGGAGCCUCUUGCAGUCCAAUGAGUAGCUCAGAGGAGCAACAUAGGAAUGAGGUCAAUCACCACAAACGGAUUGCUGGUCAGGUCCCAACAGAAAUUGUUUUUCAACAGAGGCAUCCAAGUGUUGCCCCAGCAUGUGAGGAAGUAAUUGCCUCAGCUCAUGAAAUGAUCUGUCAGUCCCAGAGCAACAUGAUUGACAGCACAAGUCAGUCAGAGGGAUCAAACUCUGCCCAAAAAUACAAGGAUGCCUUUAAAUGUGUUGAAGAAAGGCUAACUACUGAACCAGCACUGAACCAGCCUGCUACCCACAGCAAUGAGAGUUGUCAUCCGCCCUGAGCAUGGGCUUCCAUA